CAUCAUAAACACAAAUCUUCAUGCAUUUCAGCGUUCAGAAGAACGGCAUCGGGCCAGAAGGAGUGAAAAAAAUCAGAGAAGCCCUUACGAAGAAUCAAACUCUACAAGAUCUCAACAUCUCCAGCAAUCAUUUGGGUGAUUUGGGAACAGUAGCUCUGGCUCAGGCUCUUAUGGUCAACCAUGUACUCCACACGCUCAGUCUUCAGAGUAACUCAGUGAGUGACAGAGGUGUUAAAGCUCUCUCACACGCUCUUCAGUCAAACCGAGGACUCGGCUGUCUCAAUCUAAGGGAGAAUUCAAUAGGAGUUGCUGGAGCCAAAGACAUCGCCAAAGCCUUAAAAGUCAACACUUGUCUUCGAGAACUCGA